AUGCAGGCAGAACAGGACAAUGGACAUCCCCUACCAGCUUACGCUGACCUCAUAAUUGAAAUCCUGGACGAGAACAACCAGGCGCCAUAUUUCCAGUUUGCCACCUAUCAGGGAUACGUGAGUGAGGCCUCCCCAGUGGGCACCACCAUCUCCGCCAGUGCCAACCUCACGGCCCCGCUGGGAAUCAUCGCUUUGGAUAAUGACAUUGAAGAGACCAAAGACCCUAUGGUGAAGAUUACCCUGGAUGACUACACCACAAUUUUCAGCCUGACCCCAGCUGGUAUAAUCCGCUACCUGACGAUUCUGAAACCUGUGGACCGGGAGAAGCAGAUGACCUAUACUUUCACGAUGGUGGCAUCAGAUGGUGUCCAACAGAGUAGUCCAGUAACUGUCAACAUCCUGGUUAUUGACGCCAAUGACAAUACGCCCACGUUUGCUCAGGUCUCCUACAGCAUUGAAGUCUUUACAGACAUGCAGCCAGGGGAGACAGUGCUACAGUUAACUGCAUCGGAUGCUGAUGAGGGGCUGAAUGGCCUGGUAACAUACGAGAUCCUGGCUGGAGCCCAGGGAGAUUUUGUUAUUAAUAAUCGCUCCGGACGCAUCACUGUGGCGCCUGGUGUCGUCUUAUCUGUGGGACAAUCUUAUGCGCUGACGGUCAAAGCCUCUGAUAAUGCACCUCAAACCCAGAGAAGGAGCUCGAUCACUACAGUCUACAUUGAGGUUUUACCGCCCAACAACCAGAGUCCACCCCGCUUCCCCCUCCUCACCUACAACCUAGAGAUCAGCGAGGCCAUGAGGAUUGGAGCCAUUCUCCUCAAUCUGCAAGCAACAGACAGAGAAAACGAUCCAAUCACGUAUCAAAUUGUGAGCGGAGAUUCCCAGAAUGUCUUCAACCUCUCUCGAACGAUUGGCCUUUUACUUCUGGGCAAGCCUCUGGACAGAGAGAUCACAGACCAGUACCGUCUGAUUGUCACCGCUUCAGACGGUAACCCUGGAGGGACGUCCACUGCUACCGUGAGCAUAGUGGUGACUGAUGUCAAUGACAACGACCCAAAAUUUAACAUCACCCUCGGCACCAAUUUUACUGUUCAAGAAGAACAAGUCAAUCUGUUUGUUGGACAAGUCAGGGCCACUGACCCUGAUGCAGGAGCCAACGGUCAGGUUUACUACCGGAUUGUCAACUAUCCUGACUUGUUUGUAAUCAGUGCCAACGGAAGCAUCUACACAAAACGACCUUUGGACAGAGAGUUAAGAGAUCAGUAUAGCCUCAUAGUUGAGGCCUCAGAUGGGGCGGUAGACCCUAGAAGAACCGCCUUGACGCUCUUAGUCCAGAUUCUGGAUAUAGAUGACAACAGCCCGGUCUUCUCACAGCAAGACUAUGUGGUGAAUGUACCUGAGAACAGCCCAGUGGGGACUGUGGUUCUGAAACUAAGUGCUGUGGACGCAGAUCUCUUCUCCAACAUCACGUACCGCAUCAAGACUGAGUCAGCCAGGCAGCUGUUCUCUCUUAACCCCAUCACUGGGGAGCUAGCUGUGCUGCAGACCCUGGACUUCGAGGGUCUGGCAGCUAUGGGCAUGGGGACUUCUUACACCUUCCAGGUAGAAGCUGUCGACCAAGGAGCCCGAAUGCCGCCGGGACAAGCUACCGUCACAGUUCGCAUCACAGACAUGAAUGACUUCUCACCUGUCUUCAGACAAGAUCUGUACAAGGGCUUGGUGGCCCCCAACGCAGAGAAGGGAACAGUCAUCACCACCGUUUUUGCUGAGGACCAAGAUCCACCAGGCACUCCGGCCAGUUUUGUGCGCUACAGAGUGGACCAGGAAAGGUCUCCUUACAGCGGGAGCAUCUUUGAUGUAGAGCAGGAAACUGGCAGAAUCAUCACCAAGGUUAACCUCAAUGAAGAGCCUAGCGUUACCUUUAAACUGUUUGUGAUUGCCUUUGAUAACGGGGAGCCGGUGAAGUCAAACAGUACUUUGGUGGAGAUCACUGUCCUUCAGCCCUCUCUCAUCCCGAUCUUCACUGAGGAAGAGUAUACGUUUCUGCCAGUGAAAGAGCUGUCUCCAGUUGGCACUGCAGUGGGGACUAUUUUAGCUGCUGCUAUGAAUCAAACCAUCUUCUACUCCAUUGUUGGAGGAAAUGAACUAGGUCACUUUAAAGUGGACAGCAGCACAGGUGUCAUCUCCAUUGCCCAACCUCUGGACUAUGAGAAUAUAACCAGCUUCGUUCUCAGGGUGCAGGCAGAUUCUUUGGGAGUUGUUAUGUCCAACCUGCGUGUGCCUUCUAAAACCAACACUGCCAAGGUGUUUAUUUAUGUAGAGGAUGAAAAUGACCACCCGCCCGUCUUCUCCAGAAAGCUCUACAUAGGUGGUGUGACUGAAGACACCAAGAUUUUCAGCUCUGUUCUCAAAAUAGUGGCCACUGAUAAGGACACGGGGAACUUCAGCGCCAUGGCAUACCGCCUAAUUAUACCUCCCACAGCAGAGGGUCAGAACAGCUUUGUCAUCGAGGCCUACACUGGAAUCAUUAAGUCAGCCAUCAUGUUUCGAAAUAUGCGAAGGUCCUACUUCAAGUUUGAAGUCAUUGCCACUGAUGACUAUGGGAAAGGUUUCAGCAGCAGUGCUGAAGUGGUGGUUUCAGUAGUCAACGCAUUAGACAUGCAGGUCGUUGUCUCCUCUGUCCCUCCCUACUUAGUAGAAGAGAAGAAGGAGGAAAUCAUUAGCAUUCUAGAGCGUCAUGUGCAGGACCAGAUUCCCGGUGCCAAGGUGAUCGUUGAGUCGAUCGGGCCACGUCGCUACGGCGACGGCUUUGAGCUGGAGGACUACACCAAGUCAGAUCUAAUGGUGUAUGCCAUCGAUCCACUGACAAACAGAGCCAUUUCACGGCAGGAGCUCUUCAAGUUUCUUGAUGGCAAUGUCUUGGAGAUCAACAAAGAGGUCCAGCCACAUGUGGGCGAGGGUGGCCGCAUCCUGGAGAUCCGCUCGCCAGACAUUGUGGCCAGUGUGAAGAAGGCCGCUCAAGCUGUGGGCUACACAGAGGGAGCGCUUCUGGCCCUGGCCAUCAUCAUCAUCCUCUGCUGCAUUCCUGCCAUCCUCAUCGUCAUGGUCACCUACAAACAAUUCAAAGAGCGGCAAGCAGAGUGUGCCAAAACUGCCAGGAUCCAGAUGGCUUUGCCACCGGGAGGGAAAACGGCUCCAGCCGCUCCCCCUACUGCUAACCUCUACGAGGAGCUGGGCGACAGCAGCAUGAGGCGUGGCCCUGGCAGAAAGCAGCAGCAACAACAACUGCUGAGGCCAUCUCUUCUGAGACCAGAGGAACUCUCCAUGGAGUCGGGCAUUGACCCAGGCCAAGACUAUUACGCACAGGACUAUUAUAAUUAUGACCAAGGAUAUGACUUUCCUCAGUAUGGGAGUCGGAGGAGGCUGAUAUCACCCAUGUAUGAUGAGCAUGGUGAGGUGAUCAUGGAGGAUGAUGGGUAUUACUACAGUCCACAUGGCCCAGAGGGCCGUGGCAGAGGCCGGGGUGGCAUGAGAGGUAGAGGUCCACCGAAGAGAGUUGCCUUUAGGGACUUGCCAGCAGAGGAUGAAAUAGUCCAACCUCAGGCAGCAGAGGAAGGUGAACCUUCUAAGGCUGCCAAGAGACUGAAGUCUGUCAUGAAACUCAGCAAACUCCUGGCAGCCGGCAAGGGAGGAGAGCAACCAUCUGACGCCGGCCCUCCUGGCCCAUCUCCAUGGAAGAAAGCCAAGAUGCUCAAGAUGUUUGGCGCUGGAAAGAAGGACAAGGAUUAUGCCAAACUGAUGUCAGCCCGCCGUAUUGACAGCCAGGAAAGUCUCACGGACAGACCGGCAGUUAUUGGGCCAAUAGAUAGCAAGUCGGAUGCUCGCAGCCGGCUUAGCAAAGUUUUAAAGAGAAUUACCAUUGGCAACAAGUUGCAGGUCAGGAGGAAGUCACAGAGUAGCGUGAGUCACGGCUCAGCCACAGGCAGUGAGAAAGAUGAGGAGGCUUCGCAGGCAGCCAGCGAGGAUGAAAGGAAGUCUAAAGUGUCUAUUAGUGUGACCGAAAGUGAGCCAGAAGGAGGUGCAAGUGGAAGCAGUAAGGAGAAAGACUCUGAUGAAGAAUCCUCUGAGAAAAGUAGUGUUGACAGAGAUUAUCUUAAAGUUGACUUGGACAGAGAUGACACAAAUGAAAGCACUGUGGACUCAGAGGAAGAGCCUGAUGAAGAGCCAGGUGAUUCUGAUGAGGAAAGCAGGUCCAAAUCUGAAGAGGGGGAGGAAACAGAGAAGGACUCGGGCAGUGAAAAAGAAUCAGAGACUGAGGGAGAGUCAGAGUCAGAAAAGGAAUCGGUGUCUGAGAAGUCCUCGGCUACGGAGAAAGAGUCAGAAACAGAGAAAGAGUCGGAGUCUGAUGAAGAGUCCAGCUCUGACAAGGAAACAGAAUCAGGAACAGGAACAGCAACAGAAAAGGAAACAAGUACAGAAAGGGAUUCAGCAACAGAAAAAGACUCAGAUGAAGAGUCUGAGGAAGAAGAGGCGUCUGAAAGCACAAGAGAAAGUGGGUCUUCUGCACGCACUUCUAUAAGGUCUUCAGCUACUGAGGCCAGCAGAAGGAGCAGCGCUUCUGCUACUGCUAGUGGGACUGACAGUAAAAGUAGUGAAAGUGCAAGUGAGAGUAGCAGUGGUAGUGUCAGAAGUGGUAAAUCUUCCUUUAGAUCAAGUGCGAGAUCCACACAGAGAACCAGCUCAUCAAGAGCAUCCUCAAGGAAGUCCAGCGAAGAACUCAGUGAAGCCGAGUCAGGGACAGGAACAGCUAGUGACGCAGAAUCAGGGUCAGGAAGUGAACGUUCUUCAUCUUGGGGGUCCAGCAAGAAAAAAACAUCCGGUUCAGAGCUGAGUAAAAGAUCUUCAUCUGGCAGUCAGCAUUCCUUUGGAAGUGAGGGGAGUUCAGCUGGCUCCCAGUCCACUGCUGGAAGUCGACGUUCCCGAAAGUCUGUCCUGAGCCAUGGUUCAGAGGAUGCAAUCACAGAGGAGAGUGAUGAGGAGGAGGAGGAAGAGGAGGAGGAAGAAUCUGGGACUGCUGAUGAGAGCAAGGACUCUGCGAGUGAGGCCAGCGAUGAAGCAUCAUCAAGAAGAUCUAGUGUAGUUUCUGAAGGCCCAGGACCCUCUGCUCCCUACCGUGGUCAGACCUAUAGUCCUGAGAUCAGAAGCACCUCUGAUGAUACAUACGGAGGCCUGUCCCCCAUCACUGAAGUGGACGAGGACGCCAUCUCCUCUGAUAAAUCUUCAGUCAGUGCAUCAAAGGGCUCAGAAGGCACUGAAGAAACAUCAGAUGGUGAUUCAGGAUCUGAAGGGAGCUCAACGGCCUUCUAGCGAGAUUUAUUGUCCCUGUGAACCUGGAAGAAAGAAACGGAUCAAACUUGUGGUUGAUCGGGAGAACGAGUCCAGCUCUACUGGAGAGGAAAGCACUACAGAGAG